AUGGGACUCCCAGCUCUGGAGUUCAGUGACUGCUGCUUGGACAGCCCGCAAUUCCGAGACACGCUCAAGUCUCAUGAAGCCGAGCUGGAUAAGACCAACAAGUUCAUUAAAGAGCUCAUCAAGGAUGGGAAAACCCUCAUCUCGGCGCUCAAGAAUUUGUCUUCUGCCAAGCGGAAAUUUGCUGAUUCUCUAAAUGAAUUUAAAUUCCAAUGCAUAGGAGAUGCAGAGACAGAUGAUGAAAUGUGCAUAGCAAGGUCUUUGCAAGAGUUUGCUACUGUUCUCAGGAAUCUUGAAGAUGAGCGGAUACGGAUGAUUGAAAAUGCCAGUGAAGUGCUCAUCACGCCUCUUGAAAAGUUCCGCAAGGAGCAGAUUGGGGCUGCCAAGGAUGCAAAGAAGAAGUAUGACAAGGAGACAGAGAAGUACUGUGGUGUCUUGGAGAAACACUUGAACUUGUCUUCCAAGAAGAAGGAAGCUCAUCUUCAUGAGGUAAGGCUGCCAUCUUUAACUCUUGCUUUUCAGAGGAAUACUUUGAACUUUUGGGGGGUAUACUUAGGAUUUCCUUUGGGUCACUUUGGCACUUCUUGGGUGAAGCACUAUUGUACAUACCAACGGGAAUCCAAACGGAUCACCAUGGUGCCCUUUGACCAGAAAUCAGGAGGAAAGGGGGGAGAAGAUGAGUCAGUCAUUCUCAAAUCAUGCACACGACGGAAAACAGACUCUAUCGAGAAGAGGUUUUGCUUUGAUGUAGAAGCCAUAGAUAGGCCAGGUAUUAUCACCAUGCAGGCAUUGUCUGAAGAAGACCGGAGACUGUGGAUGGAAGCCAUGGAUGGCCAGGAACCAGUCUACAACUCAAACAAAGACAUUCAGAGUGAAGGAACUGCACAAUUGGACACCAUUGGCUUCAGCAUAAUCAGGAAGUGCAUUCAUGCUGUGGAGACCAGAGGGAUCAAUGAGCAAGGACUCUACAGAAUUGUUGGCGUCAACUCCAGAGUCCAGAAGUUGCUGAGUGUUUUGAUGGACCCCAAAACAGCGUCUGAAACAGAAGUAGAUAUCUGUGCAGAGUGGGAAAUAAAGACUAUUACUAGUGCACUGAAAACUUAUUUAAGAAUGCUCCCUGGACCACUCAUGAUGUACCAGUUCCAAAGGAGUUUCAUCAAAGCAGCAAAGCUGGAGAACCAGGAGUCUCGCGUCUCAGAAAUCCAUGCCCUGGUUCAUCGGCUCCCUGAAAAAAACAGACAGAUGUUACAGUUACUCAUGAACCAUUUGGCGAAUGUUGCUAAUAACCACAAGCAAAAUUUGAUGACUGUGGCUAACCUGGGUGUGGUGUUUGGACCCACGUUGCUAAGACCACAAGAAGAAACAGUGGCAGCCAUCAUGGAUAUCAAGUUCCAGAAUAUUGUGAUUGAGAUAUUGAUAGAAAACCAUGAAAAGAUAUUUAACACGGUGCCUGAUGCACUCCUCACAAACACCCAACAGGGCUUGUCUUGGAAGAAAAGCAAUGACUCGAAACCUCCCUCUUGUAGUGAGAGGCCCCUGACGCUAUUUCACACAGUCCAGGCAACAGAAAAACAAGAACAAAGAAACAGCCUCAUCAACUCCAGUCUGGAAUCUGUCGUCUCUUCAAAUGCCAACAGCAUCCUUAAUUCUAAUAGUCCUCUGCAGCCCAGUGUGAAUUCAAGUGACCCUGAGUUGGAAGUGAUGAAACCCACUAGGCCCAGUUCACUCCCCCCGAAUCCAAGCCCAACUUCACCCCUCUCACCGUCCUGGCCCAUGUUCUCCGCGCCAUCCAGCCCUAUGCCCACCUCAUCUACGUCCAGUGACUCAUCCCCCAUCAGCUCACCCUACCGGAAAGCAAAAGCCUUGUAUGCCUGCAAGGCUGAACAUGACUCAGAACUCUCGUUCACAGCAGGCACUGUCUUCGAUAAUGGUGAGUGUUUCAUUCCUCCACAGGAGUCGGGGGGGGGGGGGACCCUUCACACCCUUUAGAGGCCCCACACAAAUGGUCAGAGAUAUAUAAAGAAUAUGGUUGAAUCCUUAUUGUAUUUUUUUUCUCACUA